AUGUACGGCGACGUGUUUAACGCCACCGGCGGCCUCGAGGCGGCGGCGGGCGGCGCGCUGGCUUUGGCAGCCACGGUCAAGGCGGAGGGCGCUCUGCCCCUGGAGCUGGCCACCGCGCGCGGUGUGCGGGACGGCGCGGCCGCUAAGCCGGAUCUGCCCACCUACCUGCUCCUCUUCUUCCUGCUGCUGCUCUCCGUGGCGCUUGUCGUCCUCUUCAUCGGCUGCCAGCUGCGCCACUCGGCCUUCCCCGCGCUGCCCCACGACCGCUCGCUGCGCGACACCCGCGCGCCCUGGAAGACCCAGCCGGUGUAA